AAGCAGAACACGUCAAUUGUGCUCCAAAACCGAGACCGGACAUGGAAGCCAUCCAUCGAAAGCUCGCAGUGAUCUCCUCCUUCGACCUCCACCCAUUUCCAAACAUAUAAAAGCCCGAAGAACCCAUCCGUCGUGUCCAUCGAAACGGCCAUCGAAGAUGGAGCCCCCUCCCUUCCAAGAAGCAGCCCGCUGCGAUGUCUGCAAAUGCAGCUUCAACACCUUCAGGCGACGCCAUCAUUGCAGAUGCUGCGGAAGGACCUUGUGUUAUGAACAUUCAUCAAAUCAAUUGGCUUUGCCACAAUUUGGUAUCCACUCACUUGUCAGAGUUUGUGCAGAUUGUUAUAACAACCCUUCUCAACCUGCAAAGGGUGAUAGACAAGCUUCAGUAGAGGGAGUCGAUCAUGUUACAGAUUCAGUUUCUAAAUUAGACAUCGGUGAUGUAGUUCCAGAGGAAAAACCAAUUGCAGAACAUCAAGCUGGCCAAGGUGUUCCAGACUGCAAAUGCGGGAUGCCUUUAUGCAUUUGUGAAGCUCCUGCCCCAUUUGUCGAUACGCUUCACUUACAGACAAAAACCACUUCCACUACUUCUCAGUCAAGCCAAAGACCCAAAAGGGACCCUGUUCCGAAGAAUAGGGGCUCCACCUCAACCAGCAAUAAUUCGUCAGUUUUGAAUGCUGGUCAAGUUUCCAAUGGCGCUCCAGAGAGACCUAAGAUGGAUUAUGAUGUAAAUGGCGAGGGUCUAAGGGAAGCAAUAAAGAACGAUGAUGCUGCUGCAGUUAAGAAACUUCUCAGUGAGGGAGUGGACCCUAAUUACCGUGACAGACAGGGAAUGUCUUUGCUGCAUUUGGCGGCAGUUUUUAACCGAACCGACGUUGCUUUUAUCCUUAUGGAGCGGGGAGCAAGCUUGGAUUACAGGAAUGCACAGGGAGAAACGCCUUUGGAUUGCGCACCGGUCACUUUGCAGUACAAGAUGCGGCAGAAAAUGGAGGAGGGUUGCUAGUACCAGUCUGACUUGCCCCAAAUUUGUUUCAAAGGAAAUACUUGCUUAAUGCUUGAAGUGUGCUUGUUAUCUUUAUCACUAUAAGGAAAUGUCUAAUCGACACCAUCGACAUGUUUGAUUGGCUAUUUUCGGACGGUUAAUGAGAGCUCUUUUCUGAGGCAAAUAAUCUGCUCAAUUAUGAUGGGGGGCAAGAUAGCUUUGCCCUGGAUUUUCAAAUCUCUUUCGUCUUUUUACAGAAUGAAUAUUCUUGAGUUGUGCUGAGGA